CGCACGCAGAGGAAGCCAGCUAGAGCACGCAGAGAAGGAGAGGAUGGUGUCGACGGGCGUGGUUGUCGCGGCGGCGGUGGUGGCGGCGCUGGCGGCGUUCUGCGGGACGGACCCGCUGCGGCUGGGCAGCAUGGUGGACUUCCCGGGCUUCGAGGCGCACGUCGUGGAGCUCCCCGACGCGGCCGAGAUGCCCCCGCACGCGGACGCCGCCGAGCGGCUCCGCGGCGCGGAGAUCCGGUUCCGCGGCGAGGUGCAGGGCCCCGAGAGCGUCGCCUUCGACCCGCGCGGCCGCGGGCCCUACACGGGCGUCGCCGACGGCCGCGUCGUGCUCUGGGACGGCGCCCGCUGGGCCUACUUCGCGCACGCCUCCCCGAACUGGACCGCCGACCGCUGCGGCGGGCCCAAGGCGUCGCCCAUGGAGUACCUGAGGGACGAGCACGUCUGCGGCCGCGCGCUCGGCAUCCGGUUCGACAGGAGGACCGGCGACCUCUACAUCGCCGACGCCUACUACGGGCUGUGCAAGGUCGGGCCCGACGGCGGGCUCGCCACGCCGCUCGCCGUCGAGGCCGAGGGCGUGCGCUUCAACUUCACCAACGACCUCGACCUUGACGCCGAUGGCAACGUCUACUUCACCGACAGCAGCGUCCUCUACCAGAGAAGGAAUUUCAUGCAGUUGGUUUUUGCCGGAGACCCCUCGGGCAGGCUCUUGAAAUACGACCCGAAAACAAAGGAAACAACAGUUCUUCACCGAAACCUUCAAUUUCCCAAUGGGGUGAGCUUAAGCAAGGAUGGGUCGUUCUUCGUCUUCUGCGAAGGAUCUCGCGGAAGGUUGAGCAGAUACUGGCUGAAGGGUGAGAAGGCAGGAACCGUCGAUCUCUUCGCCAUCCUGCCUGGAUUCCCAGACAAUGUGAGGACCAACGAGAAAGGCGAGUUCUGGGUAGCAAUCCAUUGCCGGCGCAGUGUCUAUGCCCGGCUCGUGAGUCGCCACAUCCGGCUGAGGAAGUUCCUGCUCAGCCUCCCGAUCCCCGCCAAGUUCCACUACCUGAUGCAGAUCGGCGGCAACCUGCACGCGCUGAUCAUCAAGUACAGCCCUGAGGGGGAGGUGCUCGACAUCUUGGAGGACACGAAGGGGCAGGUGGUGAGAGCUGUAAGUGAAGUGGAGGAGAAGGAUGGCAAACUCUGGAUAGGAUCCGUUCUCAUGCCCUUCAUUGCCGUCUUCGACUAUGCCAAUGAGUCCUAGCUGCCGGGUCAAAGAGUAUGAGAUCCACGAACGCCAUUGCACACGCUUGUUGCUUGAUCCAAAUAAAUGUGGUCUUGAAAAAAUGUAGAAUGGCUUGAUGUUUCAGCCUUUCCCUAAUGGUUGCCGUACCUCCCGGACAUUUUUAGUCAGAUCUUUUAGCACCUCACUUUGCCGAGUCCAUAUUUGUAAGUUUAUUACUCCCUCUGACCUACAUUACUUAUUUUACUGUGUCUAUUCGCUCGUUUCGGCGAUAAGUAAUACGGGUCGGAGGGAGUAUCUGUUGGUUGUCCGUUUCAAUUUCUGAAAAGAAAUCUGUCUGUCCAAUAGAGAGUGUUGUUAACUGUCCA